AUGUCUGUUACGCCAGCGCUCAGAGCAGGUGUCCGCUCAGCGUACCGUGACUUGCUACGGGCUUCAGCUUCUACUUUCUAUGGCGAUGAGCCCAUACAAAGAGCAUUCCGACACAAGAUGCGGACGGAAACAUUGUAUUUGGACAACUCCGCACAACAUGACGUGAAACUGGUCGAAGAGAAAAUCCAACUCGCCCGUGAGCUUGCAAUCAUGUUACGCAGAAACGUUGUGCAAGCUCGCAGAACACAAACCCAAGAUGGGGAUGAUGCUUGGAACCUCCGGUUCACGAAGGACACUGAACUUGGCGAAAACGAGAGUAUUAAGAACCCACCUCCCAUGCCAUCCAGCAGACGAGCGCGAAGAUUAGAGAAGGGCGAGCAAAGUAUAGAACCUGCUGCUCAGCAUAGCGCUCAUAUGCCACGCAAUUUUUCUGCUCUCAAGAGGGCCCACCGAGAGCGGAAGAUUCCGGAGUUGCGUGAGGAGGACCUUGAGGAAUCGUUCGUUAGAGGCAGCGGUCCUGGCGGGCAAUCUAUCAAUAAGACCGAGAAUAAUGUCCAACUUCUUCAUAAACCCACUGGUUUUCGUGUGGCAUGCCAGGAAACUCGAUCACUUCAAACAAAUCGCAUGCUCGCUAGGCGAUGGCUCCUGGAAAAGGCGUGUAUCUCUGAAUAUCUUGUAGACAAACUUCACAAUCCUGGCCUAUCUAAGGGUGAACUGCAACGUGCGAAGCAACAGGAAAGAGAACGUCAACGACGGAAGAAGUCGAAGAGGAAGGCGAAGGCACGAGCGCAAGAGAAAGACUGUCUGGAAGCGCAGGAAAAGUGA